AUAAAAAAAUAGCACAGUCAACAUUAAGAUUGGCGGCUCUCGAUUAUAGUGCUCGGCGGCCGGCUCUCAUGAAGAAGAAUGUGGAGGCUGAAGAUUGCGGAGGGUGGCAACAACCCUUUCCUGUUUAGCACGAACAACUUCGUGGGAAGGCAAGUAUGGGAGUUUGACUCUAAUGCCGGUACACCUGAAGAGCGAGCCGAGGUUGAAGAGGCUCGUCAAAUAUUUUACGAGAACCGCCAUAACAACAGGAACUGCAGCGAUCUUCUAUGGCGAUUGCAGUUUUUAAGAGAGAAAAAUUUCAAACAAACGAUUCCCCAAGUGAAGGUGAAGGACGGUGAGGAAAUGUCGUAUGAGACGGCCACAAUCGCGAUGAGGAGGGCCGUCAACAUCUUUACAGCCUUGCAGGCCAGCGACGGCCAUUGGCCUGCUGAAAAUACUUGUGGAAUAUAUGCCCUUCCUCCCAUGGUCAUCUGUCUAUUCAUUACAGGGCAUCUUGAUAUUGUGUUCUCUGUAGAACAUCGCAAAGAAAUCCUUCGAUAUAUAUACAAUCAACAGCACGAAGAUGGUGGGUGGGGACUGCAUUUAGAAGGUAAUAGUAGCAUGUUUAGCACAACUUUGUGCUACGUUACCAUGCGUAUACUUGGAGAAGGAGUAGAAGGUGGUCAAGAAAAUGCUUGUGCGAGGGCUCGGAAGUGGAUUCUGGAUCAUGGUGGUGCAACACAUAUACUAUCUUGGGGAAAGAUUUGGCUUUCGUUGCUUGGUGUGUAUGAAUGGUCUGGGUGCAAGCCGAUGCCCCCAGAGUUUUGGCUAUUUCCUCCGAUUGAUCCUGCAAAACUUUGGUGCUAUCUUCGGGUAACUUAUUUUCCCAUUUCGUAUUUGUAUGGGAAGAGGUUUGUUGGCCGGAUAACACCUCUCAUUUUAGAAUUGAGAAAAGAGCUCUAUGUUGAACCUUACCAUAGUAUUAACUGGAGGAGAGCACGCCACUUAUGUUCGAAGGAGGAUCUCUAUCAUCCUCAUCAUUGGAUACAAGAUUUUCUUUGGGAUGGUGUUUACAUGCUAACGGAGCCUGUUCUAACUCGUUGGCCUUUUAACAAGUUGAGAAAUAAGGCUCUUCAACUAGUGAUGAAACACAUUCAUUAUGAAGAUGAGAGUAGUCGGUACAUUGUCAUUGGAGGGGUGGACAAGCCAUUCUUUAUGCUAUCUACUUGGAUUGAAGAUCCAAAUGGGGAUUACUUUAAGAAGCAUCUUGCUAGGAUACAUGAUAUCUUAUGGGUUGGAGAAGAUGGAUUGAAGUUGCAGACUUACGGUAGCCAGGUUUGGGAUGCUAGCUUUGCCAUCCAAGCUUUGCUCGCUACUAAUCUCAGCGAUGAAAUUGGACCUACCCUUAUGAAAGCGCACAACUUUCUAAAGAAAUCCCAGGUCAAGGAUAAUCCUCCUGGAGACUUUAGAAGGAUGUUUCGUCACAUUACUAAAGGGGGAUGGACGUUCUCUGAUGAAGAUCAUGGAUGGACUGUUUCUGAUUGCACUGCAGAAGCUUUAAAGUGUUGCUUGUUGCUAUCUAUGCUGCCACCCGAAAUUGUUGGUGAGAAAAUGGAGCCUGAAGAGUUAUAUGACUCAGUCAAUUUCAUACUCUCUCUACAGAGUGAAAAUGGUGGUGUACCAGGCUGGGAGCCAGCAACUGGUGCGUCGUGGUUGGAGCUUAUUAAUCCUGUAGAAUUUCUUGAGGACAAUGUCGUUGAGCAUGAGUAUGUUGAGUGCACUUCAUCAGCAAUACAAGCAUUGGUUUUGUUCAAGAAAUUAUAUCCAGGGCAUUGGAAGAAAGAGAUCGAAAUUUUCAUCAGAAAAGCUGUACAGUACCUAGAAGACGAACAAAAGCCUAAUGGCUCAUGGUAUGGGAUUUGGGGAAUUUGCUUCAUAUAUGCAACCUGGUUUGCACUUGUAGGGCUAGAAGCUGCUGGUAAGACUUAUAACAAUUGUCUGGCAACGCGAAAAGGUGUAGAAUUUCUACUCAAAACACAAAAUGAUGAUGGCGGUUGGGGAGAGAGCUAUCUUUCAUGCCCAAACAAGGAAUAUACGCCUCUUAAGGGAAAUAAAUCAAAUUUGGUGCAGACUGCAGUGGCUUUGAUGGGCCUAAUUCAUGCUCAGCAGGCACAAAGAGACCCUACUCCUCUUCAUCGUGCAGCAAAACUAUUGAUCAAUUCUCAAAUGGAGAGUGGUGAUUUCCCCCAACAGGAGGUUAUCGGAGCAUUUAUGAAGAAUAACAUGCUGCACUACGCACUUUUCAGGAGUACCUUCCCAUUGUGGGCACUUGCAGAAUAUCGCAAUCAUCUUUCAUUUUCUAGCAAACCUAUUUAAACUAUACAUCAUAGAUUAUAAGGUGUAUGGAAUUAACAAAGCAACUUAUGAAGCAAGUUGAUGAACUAUGUUGUAUCAAAGUCUAUAUACAUAGUCCAAGGUACAAGGACAUGCAACGAAUUAUUCAAAGUCCAUGCAUAUAGUCCUAAGUGAUUGAGACAUAGCAUGAAAAAGAAUAAACAAGUAAAUGAUAAAGGUCUAUGAAAAUACAUUUUCUAGUCCAAUAUUUUCUUAA